CGGAAGCACCAGCGACCGAAACAAUAUCUACAGCAACCAUCGGACGCUGAUCUACUCGCUGUCUACUCGCCGUCUUGUAAAGCUUCACCUUUCUUUAUUACAUGCUCUCUCGCUCGACUCCUCGGCGACUGCGCGUUCUCCCGCUUACACCUUUCUCAGAUCCUUUCCCAGAAGCUCUCUAGCAACUCCCCCACCAUGGCCGACGUAAACGUUGAUGUCCUCGUCAUUGGCAUGGGACCUACUGGUCUCGGUGCUGCCAAGCGACUGAACCAUAUUGACGGUCCUUCUUGGCUCAUUGUCGACUCCUCUGACAAGGCCGGUGGUCUUGCCAGCACUGAUGUCACCCCCGAGGGUUUCCUCUACGAUGUCGGCGGUCACGUCAUCUUCUCCCACUACAAGUACUUCGACGACGUUAUCGAGGAGGCUCUCCCCAAGGAGGAGGACUGGUACACCCACCAGCGUAUCUCCUACGUUCGCUACAAGGGUCUCUGGGUUCCCUACCCCUUCCAGAACAACAUCUCCAUGCUCCCCAAAGAUGACCAGGUCAAGUGCAUUGACGGUCUCAUUGACUCUGCCCUCGAGUGCCGUGUUGCCAACACCAAGCCCAAGAACUUCGACGAGUGGAUUCUGCGUAUGACCGGUGAGGGUGUUGCCAACAUCUUCAUGCGUCCUUACAACUACAAGGUCUGGGCUGUUCCCACCACCAAGAUGCAAUGCCAGUGGCUCGGUGAGCGUGUCGCUGCUCCCGAUGUCAAGACCGUCACCAAGAACGUCAUCCUGAACAAGGUUGCCGGUAACUGGGGUCCCAACGCCACCUUCAAGUUCCCUGCCCGUGAUGGAACUGGUGGUAUCUGGAUCGCCGUUGCCGACACCCUCCCCAAGGAGAAGAAGCGCUUCGGCAAGAGCGGUGAGGUCACCAAGAUUGAUGCUGAGAAGAAGAUUGUCUCCUUCGCCGACGGCACCACCGUUGGAUACAACAAGCUCAUCAACACCAUGGCUGUUGACCACCUCGCCGAGAAGAUGGGCAACCAGGAGCUCAUGACCCUCACCAAGGGCCUCUUCUACUCCACCACCCACGUUAUUGGUGUCGGUAUCCGUGGUCAGCGCCCCGAGCGCAUCGGUGACAAGUGCUGGUUGUACUUCCCUGAGGACAACUGUAACUUCUACCGAGCCACCAUCUUCUCCAACUACUCCCCCUUCAACCAGCCCCAGGACGAUGUUAAGCUGCCUACCCUCUACCUGGCCAACGGUGAGAAGGCUGCCUCUGACGAGCCCAAGGAGGGUCCUUACUGGUCCAUCAUGCUGGAGAUCUCCCAGUCUGAGAUGAAGCCCGUCGAUGUUGAGAACAUCCUCAAGGACAGCAUCCAGGGUCUCAUCAACACUGAGAUGAUCCUCCCGGAGGACGAGAUCAUCUCCACCUACCACCGUGCUUUCGACCACGGCUACCCCACUCCUACCCUGGAGCGUGAAGGUGUCCUCAAGCAGGUCCUGCCCAAGCUCCUGGACAUGGACAUCUACUCCCGUGGCCGAUUCGGCAGCUGGCGAUACGAGGUCGGCAACCAGGACCACUCGUUCAUGCUCGGAGUGGAGGCUGUCGAUGCCAUCCACAACGGUGCUGUCGAGCUUACCCUGAACUACCCCGAUUUCGUCAACAGCCGCCAGAACACCGAGAGGCGUCUGAUGCAGAACUUCGUCUUCCCCGCCCCUCAAGGACUCCCCAACCACACCAAGUAAGUGGGAGGCGAGACAAGGAGCGAAAAAACGAGUAGGCAAUCUAGUGUUACGGAAUACUUUGCUAGAGGUUAUGUGUAUGAGCGGUACAUGGGAAACAGAUAUGCUGUUGGCACGUGACGCGUUAGGAUCUGGAAAUUAAAUGUUGCCCAAAGAGGACGGGUCAUGAUAGAGGAUAGAGCCGGGUCCCCUCUCUUAAGAUUAGAUGAAUGAACGGGUUCUCCUACCACACAUAUAAAACUGUGUCGGGAAUAAUGUCAUCAUCAGAUCCAUCAACAUGUCAUUUGUCCAUAA